AGGAAGCGGAGUACAGGUGGACAGUGGUCUUUGAAUGACAAUUUAGUUUGGUUUUUCGUACGUAUAUAUUUUUAGGCUGCUGUUUAGGUUUUCCAGUUUAGGUGGGAAUUGCUGCAAAGGCUUGCUCAAUACGUUACACCAACUGUCAAAGCGGAGAGGAUUAGCUGCAUAACAGCAGUGUGAAGUUGGAAAGAUACCUUGUAAUUUUAUUUUAGUCGUCACUUCUAAUAACAAUCAGUCUUGAUUAUAUCCACAUUGAAGAUGGAGGAAGUGGACUCAGCAGUCACUAAUCAGCACCCUUUUUGGCCACGACAUCUGUCCAUCCCGAACUACGUUGCCAACGAUCGCUCCAUGGAGGAGAUUCUGGCCUUCCUGUUCUCUGUGUCGGGGGUGCUGCUCCUGGGAACCUGGGUGCUGACAGGAAAAGACAUGGAAGGGGGAAGGCUUACAACGAUGCGCAGGCUGAUUCUGUGCUGGUUUGCCGUGUGCGGCUUCAUCCACGGGGUCAUCGAGGGCUGGUUUUCGCUUUACUACCCCCUCAUACCCUCUGAUCAGAGUUUCCUGUCCCAGCUCUGGAAAGAAUAUUCAAAAGGAGACAGCAGAUAUGUCAUAGCGGACAACUUCACGGUGUGUAUGGAGACGGUGACCGCGUGGAUGUGGGGACCCCUCAGCGUGUGGACCAUCUUGGCGUUUCUGUACAACCACCCCCACCGCUUCGUACUGCAGCUGAUCGUUUCCCUGGGACAACUGUAUGGUGCGGUCCUGUACUUCUACACUGAGCACCGAGAUGGCUACAUCCACAGCGAGCUGGGACACCCCAUCUACUUUUGGUUCUACUUCAUAUUCAUGAAUACGCUGUGGAUCGUCAUCCCGCUGCUUCUCAUUGUGGACGCCUGGAUGCAGCUCUCUGAUGCACAAGCGCACUUCGACCGCAGCGGUGCAGGCAAGGAGAAAACCAAGGAAGAGUAGGGGAGACUGGGGGAGGGGGGUCAGGGGGUCGGAGGGGUGACACAGCAAGCUGCUGAGGGGAAGCAUUCCAUGAGGUGCGAUGGGGGCGAGAAACGAAAUCAGGGAGCUGGGGUAGAGGUGAAGGCUGAUGGAGAUGGUAAUCUGGGCUUGUCUUACUGCAGAGUCGGUCCCACUCCAUCUGUUGAACAUUUACAGAAAAUGCUGAAAUGUUUAAGUCAUUUGGAAGAUGAUAUAAUAAAAGGAUACAAAGGUAAACAUAAACAGACCAGCAGAGAAGUAAUCCAUUGUCCAUUCCACAGUACUCCAACAAUGAGCC